GUGAGUAAUCCCUGGCUCACGUGACGAAUAGUUUCAGUCAUGGCCGACGAGUACAGGCGACAAGGUUUCGAGUUGGAGAGAAGGAUAUUUGAGUUAGACAUCAAGUGUUCUAGUCUCAGAGCUGAGAAGCAAGAUGAUGACUACUUACAGAAUGCGUCUGUCAUAUUAGACAAGUUGAAAAGCUAUUACAGGCAUGGAGGGGAGAGCAGUAACCUAUCCAAGGUGCUCCAGGACUACACACAGGUGAUCCUAGACAUCACAUUUUAUGAAGAGAAUAAAUUGGUGGACCAGGAGUUUCCCGAAGACUGUUCACCUUUUAAAAUCCAGCAGCUACUGCAAGACCUGACUGAGCCAGAAGUUUUGGCAGGGAGGCUAGCACCAGCACAAGAAGUUCAGUCUAUGUUGGGCCUUGAGCUGUUAGAAUGUCUCUAUUGGAGACGGGGAGCUUUGUUGUACAUGUACUGCCACACCCUUCACCAACGAAAACAGUGGAUCAAGAAGAACAAGGACACAUUCCUUAAGUGUAUUCAAGAGGGUGUACGCUACCUGAUGCGGAUGCUGCAAGUGAGAAACUCUGUGAAGCUCAAUGAUGGGGUGGUGCUCCAUGACCCUGCGACAGCAAGCUUCUUAUCUGAAGGCAUCUUCUCUGACACACACCUGUUGACGAUGAUGUACAUCGGGGAAAUGUGUUUCUGGGCAGUCAAGUAUGAAGACUGCAGCGCUGACACCAUGGAUCGUAAAGAAGAUCGCCUCCAGUUUCGGGACAUUGGCACGCAGAUCCUCAACAAAUACGUGCUCGCCUGUGAGGGCCCUCUGCAGGGCCAGGGCUGGAACACAGAAAAUGCCAAGGAAAUCCUUAGUAUUUUACAGUGAAGCCAACUGCUUCUGUGUUGUAGUUGCCCUGAGGCACAGAUCUAAGUUCAGUAUUCAAAUAUGUGUCAACCCAAAUAAAAAUGGAGCCCAUCAGGUGGGGUGUUAUGUUA